CUUUAUUUCAUCCACGAUCAGCGACGAGGUCGAAAUACGAUCGCUCUCUCUUCUUCUUAUGCCUCUGUCGACAGUUCUUAAAGACAGAUUUCAAUUUCUCCGAGCUCUCUCUCUCUCUCUCUCUGUCUUCUUUCAAUCUAUUUCACUGAUUUACUUGCGAAGAAGUCUCUUCUUCUAGUCUCUCGAGAGGCCCAGUAGUUUUGAAACAUGGCUGGCCAAAACGCGCGUUUGAAUGUGGUUCCCACUGUUACUAUGCUCGGUGUGAUGAAAGCCCGUCUUGUUGGAGCUACAAGAGGCCAUGCUCUUCUCAAGAAGAAGAGUGAUGCUUUAACUGUUCAGUUCAGGGCACUUCUCAAGAAAAUCGUUACUGCUAAGGAAUCCAUGGGGGAUAUGAUGAAGACAUCGUCUUUUGCUCUUACCGAAGUAAAGUAUGUUGCUGGUGAGAAUGUUAAACAUGUUGUCCUCGAGAACGUUAAAGAAGCUACACUGAAAGUCCGUUCCAGGCAAGAGAAUAUCGCAGGAGUGAAGCUUCCCAAGUUUGAUCACUUCUCUGAAGGCGAGACCAAGAAUGACUUAACCGGUUUAGCUAGAGGUGGUCAACAGGUGCAAGCUUGUCGUGUGGCUUAUGUGAAAGCCAUUGAAGUCCUAGUUGAGCUUGCUUCUCUCCAGACUUCGUUCUUGACGCUUGAUGAAGCGAUCAAGACGACUAACCGGAGGGUGAACGCUCUGGAGAAUGUUGUGAAACCGAAGCUGGAGAAUACAAUCAGUUACAUCAAGGGAGAGCUUGAUGAGCUUGAGAGGGAAGAUUUCUUCAGGCUGAAGAAGAUUCAGGGAUACAAGAGGAGGGAAGUAGAGAGACAAGCAGCUAACGCCAAGGCGUUUGCUGAGGAAAUGGUUCUUGAAGGAAUCUCUAUGCAGAGAGGGAUUUCGAUAAACGCUGCUCGUAAUUUGCUCGUUGGUGGUGGAGAGAAGGAUGCAGACAUUAUUUUCUGAGGUGUGAGCUCUGUCGCUGUCUUUCGUGAUUGCUUUGUUUCUAUUUUUCACUGUCGCGCCGUUAUUACUCUCUUCUCAUCAGACUUAUGUUUCUUCAAAUAAAAUGGAUUUGUUGUAGAUGAAAUAUUGUAUCAUCUUGGAUUGUGCUUUCCUAUGAUUUUCCUUGAGAGAUUUGUGAUUGUUACUGUUAUGGGUAAUGAUUAAUUUAAUUCACUGUUUCGGACCAAA